CAGCGUGUGUUCUCCUCAAAAAUACGCAUAUCAACAUGGAUUGCUUUAUGAAAAAAUCACCCUUUUGUAUAAUUGUUGUAUAUUUCAUCACUUGUUUCAAAGUUGUGCAAUUUAAGGACAUAAAAUGAAAUUGUAGGGUGUGUGGGUUGCACACAAGAUAUUUCAAAGUGUCCGAAAUGUUAGCCUGGUGGGGAAUUUCGGGUGGAUAGAAAGAAACGCCAUGAAUAAUACCUGGGGGUUGGCUAUUGCCGUUUCGGCAUUUCUGAUUCAAUUCAUCCUUUAUGGGAUAAGCCUUUCCUUUGGAAUAUAUGUAAUAGAACUUCAAAAAGAGUUCGAUCAAGGCUUAUCUUUGAUUUCAUCAAUUGGUUCAAUACAUUUUGGAAUUCAACUGUCUACCGGACCUUUAGCCAGUUUUUUAAUGAGAAAAAUGUCAUAUAGAAAAGUUUGUUUGCUGGGAGCUCUGCUAAGCAGCAUUGGGUUAUCCGUACUACCCUUAACUCCAAAUUUGCCAUACUUGAUUGUGUUUUAUGGAGUUCUCACAGGUUUAGGAUACGGUUUUCUCUACGUACCAUCCCACACACUUUCGGGGCUCUGGUUCGAACAAAAAAGGGGUCUCGUGACAGGAGUGGUUACUUCCGGUUCUUCACUAGGGGCCGUUGUGUUUCCAUUUAUUAUUAAGAAUCUUAUUGAAAUGUAUGGGUGGAGAGGAUCCAUGUUCAUAAUUGCCGCUGUUAACUUGCAACUUUUCAUUCUCGCUGGGCUCUUGAGAGAGUCCCCGAUACAACGUGAGUGGAAAAAGACAAAGACAAGAACUGUAAACGCUGACUUAUCAGAAAGCACAACGACUAUUUUUACCGUUCAUGAUGUGUCUGAAAAUUCUAAUGGUUGCCAUGGAUCAACAAUUGCCAACGGCAGAUCUUCACAAGAAACAAGAAAAAUGGUCAAAACUCCACUUAAAAAACAAAAAUCCACACUAGUACUCCUGCAACUUUUAAGCAAUGGUCCAUAUGUGCUUUUUACAAUUAACAAUGUUUUAUGGAACAUUGGUAGUUCUUCGUUGGUACUCCUUGGUCCCGAUUACUACACCAAAAUUGGUCUAAGCUUGACCCAGGCGGCAACGCUUUUAUCCAUCUCUCAAGGUACAACAGUGUGCGGUAGCAUCGUAGGGGCACUUCUAAUGAAUCACCACAGCAUCAACAGAUGUGUGUUGUAUUUGUCCACAAACUUUGUAGGGGGGCUGUGUAUCAUAGCCUUAACAUUGCCGGUAUUGCAUACCAUGUUGGCCCUAACUUUGGUCAACUCCCUUUUGGGGUUAGCUUUUGGUAUUUCACUGGGUCUAAUUGUAGCCAUGGUCUCGGAUUUCGUCGGGAGUAGGCUAAUCGGGGAUGGAAUGGGUUACCUUACGUUAGCCUGUGGAUUAGGCUGUUUCAUUGGACCACCGGUUGGAGGUUACCUGAAACAACAAACGGAUUCCUAUGAAAGUGCUUUCUAUUUUGCUGGAUUAUCCGUAUUAUUGAGCGGAAUUGUGCUGUUGAUCAUCCCAAUGAGAGACUGUUUUAUACGAUCCAACAAAUAUUCAAUAUCAUCCAGUAAACCACGAGAAAAUAUAACUAAAUAAUGCAUAGAUAAUUAUGUACAUUCAAUUGUUAAGUUAAGUAAUUAUGAUGCAUAUGUUCACCAAGCAGUACUGGGCUGCGUUUUACAAAAGAACUUACGACUUACGACCAAAUAAUUGAAUGCUAAUUAAUCACCAACUAAUCAAUGAUUUAUUCUAAUGGCUGGAAAAUCUAAUCAUGGGAAUUGAAAUAUUUGUAAACAAAUGGUUUUAUGUCAAUUUUGUUCUCUAAAGCUCAUUUUACGAGAAUGUAAAUAUUUACGACUUUGUCGUAAGUUCUUUUGUAAAAUGCAGCCCUGGUUUACAAAAAAGUGAGUUCUCUAUGAUAUGAAGCCAAAUGUGGCCAAACACUUCCAUUGAUAUCCUUCAAAUAUGAAGCAUUCAUUUGGGGUACAUGUACUUGUAUUCAGAAUCACUAUUUACAUCUUGAUUUUCAAAUAUGUAUUAAAAACUUUUGAUAAACGCAAAUUUGUUCAGCAACAGUUUGUUGGCUCGCGCGGUGGCUCCUGGACAUACCCAACAAUCACCACAGUUUUCUUUGAGAUCUGAAAAUUACAGGACAGUUGCACUUCACAAAAAACGUACGAAAAUCUUACGAUUUUAUUCGUACAAAUGACGUGAGGAAAUCCCACUUUAUCGUUGUGGUCGAAAAAUCCUUGCUGCAAGUCAGUUAUGCUCACUUUUCUUCAAACUUUUGCGACCAAAGCAUUCUCAUUUAUAAAGAAAACCACACAUGUGCAGAACCUCAAUUUUUAUUAAAAGAUCUUGUGAUGUACAGUGUAUAUUCAAAAUCUUGCUAUAUAUGAUCGAAAUCUUGUGAUGUAUAUUCAAGAUCUUGUUAUAUAUGUUUGUUCAAAAUCUUGUGAUGUAUGUUCAAAAUCUUCUGAUGUAUGUUUGAAAUCUUCUGAUGUAUAUUCUAUAAUCUUUUGAUGUUUUUUAAAUAAUCUUGUGAUGUAUGUCCUAUAAAUAUUUAUGUGCAAUGAGUGUAUUGUGGGUAAUAUUCUGUAGACUGCAAUUGCUUCUGUCUCGCGCACUUCCUUUACAUAAAGAAUU